CGUUUGCAAACCGGAAGUAAAGACAGGCGCGAAAUUCCACAGCUGAUUCUUGCUUGUGGGCCAGUGCUACUGUUGCAGCUUUUUAUGUACAUGGAAACCUGAAGUUCGCUGCCUGAAGUUACCAUUUUUCUCCCACCAGUUAAGCAGUGAAGCUGUCACCUCAGAUAUACCACAGUUGUCAUGGCAACAGGAGGCAGAGUCCAGUUCCAGUGGGACAACUUCCCGCCCAUGCCGACCAAUCGCUCCUUCUGUACUGCAGCAGAGGGAGCGGAUGCAAAACUGUAUGUGAUUGGGGGCUGCGAGGAGAAUGGAGUUCCCAUCGCUGCAUUUGAAGCCUACGAUCCCUCAGCAAACUCGUGGGAGAAGUUAGACGCCAUGCCAACAAAGAGGGCGGGGCCUGCAGCGGUGUCGGUCGGGCAGAAGAUCGUUGUUCUGGGCGGGGUGAGUGUGACCCAGGCACCGCUGGAUGCAGUGGAGGUGUUUGACAUCGUGGAAAGGAAAUGGACGCAGCUGACUCCACUCAUGGCAGCAGCCUUGGGUAUCGCUGCAGUCGCUCGAGAUGGGAAGGUGCUGGCAGUGGGUGGAAUGGGAGUGGACACAAACCCACAGGACCACCUGCGCAGUCUGGACAUCGACAAUGACCGGUGGAAGGGCCUGGCUCCCAUGCCCACUGCCAGGUACGCAACUGGCAUCUUCAUGAGGGAUGACAAGCUUUAUGUCCUGGGUGGCAGACAAGGAAAGGAACCAUGUGCAGCAUUUGAAAUGUACGACAUCCCCAGUAACACCUGGACCAAAUUCCCCGACAUUCCCAGCAAGCGUGUGUUUCCGCAGUACGUGAUGACGGAGAGCGUCAUUGUCAGCUUGGGAGGACUGUUUACACAAGGCCAGGACAGGAGAUUCUCAGGGACCACAGAAACAUUUGAUACUGGGAAAGGUGAGUCUGGCAGGUGGGAGACCCACAGGCCCAUGAAGAACAAACGUGCCGACUUCGUAGCCGGAGUUCUUGGGGAGAAAGUUGUCAUUGUUGGAGGCUUGUCUGUGGGAGGACCAUUGACCUCCGUAGAAGGUUUUGACUUGGAGAGGAAGAAAUGGUUCAACCUCCCAAAUCUCAACACACCGCUCUGCUCCUCCGCUUCCCUCAUAUAUCAAGGGCGCCUCCUGGCAAUUGGCGGCAUGUCUGCAGGCCCCACCAACAUGGUAGCAGCAUUAGGGAUCAAGAAAUAGGACAGACCUUUGAAACCAAGUCAUGAGGCAGCUUUAAGAAAGAAACAGAUUUGGUGAAGGACAGAAUUGACAAGAAAAAACAGGACUUUGAACUGACAAAACCCUUCAGAGUUUUAAUACAAACAUUAUAUUAUGCAUCAGGAUGCCAGGC